CGAAAUAAACGUUGCCACUACAGUUCAUUAUGUUUGAAUGUGCCCAGGUAUCGUGUUCGAUCUUUUAUUUAAAUUGCCGUGAUACAAUUAAUCACAGACACAGUAUAAAUACGCAUUUUUCAUUGGACAAUUAAAUUGAAUAAAUCCAAUUAGAAUAUUAUUAUAGACAGCACAGAGCUGCAGUUAUUUUUUACCCUGAUACACACGGCAGUUUAAAUUAUCGAUUGCCACAUAAACAAAUUAAAUAAAAAGAGUUUGAUGAGAGUUCAAUUUGCGAUGUGUACGAGCUAAAUGUGAAACAAUCGUAGUCGUAAAGUGCACCGCAACCGAAAUAAAUCAGUUCAGUCGGUUUACAUAACUGAAAACCGCAUAGACAGGCAACAAAUAUAGAAAUUUUUUUGCAGAGAUAACUGAAAAAUGUUACAGUGACGUCGUCGAUCUUUCGUUACGUGACGUAGUAGAGAGUAUAAAGAAGCAAACGUUUGUUCCACACAACGAAUUCGCAAAUCAGUUCGUAUUGAAGUGAGGUUGGAAGUGUGUUAUAGAAAAUGUGUCCGGGACCGAAUUCUAAUUUGAAAAUGGAUGAUCCGAUUGAAUUAUCCAAAGCGGGCUAUACACAUAUUGAUGGCACGCCAAAGCCUCAGCCAAUACCGAAACCGCAAUUCACGUUGACCGAAUUGAAAGCUGCCGUACCUGCUCACUGUUUCGAACGUUCAAUGGUCAAAUCGUUCGGUUAUUUAGCAUGGAAUCUUCUCGUUUGCAUUGUGCUGUUUUAUGGUACAUACAUUCUGCUGGAAUUGUUAUCGCUGCCGUUGGUGAUUAAGGUGCCAGCAUAUUUGGCUUAUUGGUUCGUGCAGGGCAGUUACAUGGCCGGAAUAUGGGUAAUAGCGCACGAAUGUGGUCAUCAGGCGUUUUCGGAAAAUCACAUUGUCAACGACAUUGUCGGUUUGAUUUUCCAUUCGGCACUUUUGGUGCCAUAUCACAGUUGGAAAAUUACGCAUCGCCGUCAUCACUCAAAUACCGGAAGUUGUGAAAAUGAUGAGGUGUUCGUGCCAGUUUGUCAAAGUCAGUUGAAACCAAGUUGGUCGGAAACGUUGGAAGACAGUCCCAUCUACAAUCUUUAUAAGAUUACUCUGAUGUUGGUUGUCGGCUGGAUGCCUGGCUACUUGUGCUUCAACGGAUGGGGACCGAAAAAAUACCGCAAUGGCCCGAAAAGUCAUUUCAAUCCGUAUGCCACAUUCUUUCUGCCAAAGGAACGAUUGAGUAUUGUUCUGAGUGAUAUUGCGUUCGCCGCUGCUGUGUCGGUUGUUGGCUAUUGCAUCUACACGUACGGAUUUGCAUUGGUUUUCAAAUUGUAUUUGGCGCCGUAUGUGGUAACGAAUGCGUAUUUGGUGUUAAUCACAUUCUUACAACACACCGAUACAUACAUACCGCAUUUCCGCGAAGGUGAGUGGACGUGGCUCCGGGGGUCACUUUGCACCGUUGAUCGUACGUUCGGAAAGUGGCUUGAUGAGGUGCUUCAUCAUAUUGUUGAUACACACGUCUGUCAUCACAUCUUCUCGAAGAUGCCUCAUUAUCAUGCGUCAGAAGCAACGGAAGCACUGAAACCAAUUCUGGGACAAUAUUAUUUGAAAGACACGACGCCUGUGUUUACUGCUCUAUGGCGUUCAUUCACUCAUUGCAAAUUCGUCCCAGACGAUGGUAAAGUUGUAUUUUAUCAAAAGAGUAUGUAAAAUGUGGUAGUCGAAUGUUGUUAUAUUAUCAUUAGUUUUGAAUAAAAUUCUAAAUUUCAUUUAAUGAAAAAAAAGCAAUUAAGAUAACAAC